GCGUUCGUGCGCGCCAUCAGUGAGAGAAGCUUCUGAGCACGGAUACGCGCUCGUUUGGAUACCGCGUUGUUUGUCUUCUGUCCGCAAAUAAACGCGUGUUUGUGCCACAAGGUUUUGUGAAGGACUUUUAAAACAUUUGUCAAGCUCGAGCGCUGGUCCCUCGAGACUCUUUUGUUUGGAGUGUAACUGAAUUGAACUUGGUCCAUUGUUGUUGCGUGAGAAGCUCAACUUGGCAUUGAGGCUCCUGGGAUCCAAAGGUUGGAUACGCAAGAGCUUGCACAUACUUACGGCUGGACACUGUAACACAUCUCUGCUUACAAUGGCGAUGAGUCCAACAUGCUUGAAGGUGUUUUCAUCCUGACUUCUGUCCUGGAUACACGCAGUUUGAGGAAAGAUUGACCUAUUGUUCAUAGACAAAAGACACUGGUUAUUCUUGUUUUCUGUGGUCAAAGAUUAAGAAACAUCAUCAUGCCUAUUCUAAAACAGCUGGUGUCCACGUCUUCCCAGUCGAAGCGGCGUUCUCGCGCCGACCUCACAGCGGAGAUGAUCAGCGCGCCUCUGGGAGAUUUCCGCCAUACUAUGCACGUGGGUCGAGGAGGCGAUGCGUUCGGGGACACCUCCUUUCUAAGCACCCGUUCCGGAGAGCCACCACGAGAGCCGGAGGUGCAGCGCACCUCACCCAAACAGAGCCUGUUGUCCCGAACAUUCAGGAGCAGCAAACGCUCCCAAUCCGUCAAUCGCGACAAACCUGAUAAAUCCAAACUGGCAACUCCCGGUGGUUCAUCAAGUGUGAAAACCGCAAUCUCAUUGCCGUAUCUGAACGAAGACGGCGUCGAACGGAGUGUUGGAAUUAGUUUUCCCAAAAGCGUGUCAUCAAGUCCUUUAAGGUAUCUUCCGGACAAUGAUAAAAAGCCACUUAAUGGUGCUUCAGCACCCCUUGCUUCUGACUUGGAGUUGGAAGAGAAGAGCUUCGGUGAGCUGACCGACUUGCGGCCGUCGGUUCCGUAUACCGGAGGCAUGAAACACGCAGAGUCCAUAAUGUCCUUCCACAUCGAUCUGGGUCCCUCCAUGCUGGGGGACAUCCUGAGCGUCAUGGAAAAGAAGGGCUGUGACGACGACGACCUUGGGUUCGAAGAGGGAAAAAGUAGCGAGGGACGCAGCUCACCUCUCCAAAGCCCAUCCAACGAGGCAGAGGAGUCCCUUCCUAAUAUCCGAUCUCUUCAUCUUAACUCCGGGAGUACCCCUUACACUCCAGAGAUCCUUACCAGGAACCAUGAACAUCUAGACAGCUGUUCCGUGUCCAGUUCAGGGUCUACCGUGCUGGAGGAAAAACCCGACAACCAGUUAUUCGAGGACAACAUGGUCAAGUACAGCACACCCCGAGUUCAAGACGACACGGACUUCUCCUACAUGGAUGACAAUGAAGAUGAUGAUGAGAUUAGGGUGUAAACCUCACGGUGCCGGAUGGUCUGUGCAAAGAUCAAAAACAUGUGGAUUGUUUUCAAUUUGUGGAUGUACAUGCUAGCACAAGGACCGUUUUUAUUAUGGAGAUAAAAGGGAAGAUGUGUAUUUCAGUUUGUUUUUCUCCACUACAACUUCUAUUUCAGGUACACAAACUCUUUGUUACUAGUAAGCGCCCACAGCUGUAAGAAGAAUGUGCUUACGUAUUUGUUUCUGUGUGCCGUUGGAUAGGAAUGCUAUUUAAAAUGGCAAUCAUUGUCCCGUGUGCAUCAUAAAUGAAUUCCAGUGUUGACCACUGAGAGUGCUGAUACUGGAGGUAUGUGUGGACUUGUUGACGGUGCAUUUUUCGGAUACAGCUCACCUAUGCCUUUGCACUCUUUGUAACUCUGAACCGAAUCCAACAGUCUUAAGUUUCCUGUUUUGCAGUUCUUGAUAGGGUUACAAUUUUCAAUGUCAUGUACUCACCCCAGCAUCAUUUGAAAGCCAUGUGACUUUUUUUCUACGGUGGAACACAAGAGGAUAAAGUCUAAAUCAUGAUGUUGAUGCAUUGAAAAUCAAUGGGGACCCUCACUAAAUUUGCCAAACAUCUCCUGUUGUUUUCUGUAGAAAGAAAGUCUUAUUUGUCACUACAUACGAUUUUGGGGUGAACUAUAACUUUUUAGGUUAGUAAUAUUUACAACCAAUUGUAUUGGAUGUCGAAUACCAUAAACUUGGAGGUUAAACAGGACUCUCUUUAAUGUGUUGCCUUCAUUCAAUUCAGAUCUGGACUUUGUCAUGUGCUUCAUGUUUGUAUAAGAGGAUUUCCUGUCAGGUCACAUGAAAUUCUCAGUCAUGGAGAUGUGAAGAAGGUCAGAUUUAUGUGAUCCAUAAACUGAAAGCAACAGUGAUGUUGUUUGACUAUAAUGCUGCAGAAAUAAUCAUUGGAUUGAGACUUGAGUUGAUAGUGUUGCGUGUAUGACAGAGUAAACAGAUUAUGAAGAGGUUUGUGUAGAAGUGUUAUUUCAUAAUUGUUAUAGACUCUUCAGUGUCUAGCGUAGUGCCUCAGUCUUUAAACAGCGCUCAUCAUCAUCAUCAAGGACUUCUGGAGGGUUUUCAUCUCUGAAUUACUCUUGUUAUACUUUGUAUUGCUGAGUUCAGGCUAUGCGUGCAAAACCAAUAACCACUUCUAGAGAAGGUAUUCAUGUUGGUAUGAAAAAGAUCAGAAAUACUUGCCAACUUCCUGGUAUCCAGCAUCCAAGUAUUAACUAUUCAUUAUAUACUUUGGGUGACUCGGUAUCAUUUAAAAGCAUUGCAUUCUUGAUAUAUGUACAGUCGCUUUCAUUCAUUUACUGUAUAUUUGAAUCUAAUAAUCCAGAUUAUUAUUUCGUCACCUGUGUCAGUCCUGUAAUCUGGCAUUACAAGCACACUAGAAGAGACAAAUGGUUGUCUAUGGUACCCAAUGAUCUGUUGUAGAUCUUAUACUUUAUUUGCAUUAUACAGUCAUCUCUCUGUAGCCUUUUAUAAAAUGUUAACAUGGUCGUCUCGGAUAAGCAUUGCACCAUCAUUAGCUCUCAAACACUACAUUUUAUGUAGCUUAGUGUAUAGCUUGUUCAUGCUGUUGGUUUAUGAAAUCAGUAUGUCUGUACAGAGGGAUAAAUACGGUACGUAUGAGUACACUGUAAAACCUAAAAGUUAACUCAACUCAAACCAUUUAAGUAAACCGGUUGCAUUGGUUUUAAAACACAUACAUUUGAGUACUGUGAACUUAAACAAAUUGAGUCAUAUGCAGUUAUGGACAUAUAUUUAAGUUCACACUACGUAUAAGUGCAUAAUUACACAACAAUAAAUUUAUGUGUUUUAAUACUUAAAUGGUCAAAUGCAACCGGUUUACUUAAAUGGUUUGAGUUAAGUAAACUGUUAAGUUUUAAGGGGAUGCAUGACUUGUUGAGUUUCUUACAGUGUUUUUUUUAUGGUUUAUUCUCAAAGAAUUUGAAAAUUGGGCGAUUGCCUACAAGGGACUUGUGCUGCCUUAUAUCCAGCUGAAAUGCUGCAAUGUGCCAUUUUGUCUGAGAGUUCGAACAGAAUUACUAAAGUAGAGUAUAAACAAAUGUGCCAGUUCUCUUUUUUUUUUGCCCUUUUUUUUUUGUUUCUUUUAUGGGUUAAGAAAGUGGUCUCAAAAAUGUCAUGCUGCACACAAGGUGGCUGAAGAUGUCUAGAUGAGACAAAUGAGCUGGAAACUUGACCGUAAGAAGGUUUGUUGGAGAGCACUAUGGCACCAUCUACAGGAUUUUUUGGAGUAUUGGAGUAGUGUUCAUUCAUUUAGCAGUCUUUGCUUAUGCAGGGACAAAAUUGUACCAUCCUGUAAUAACACGGAGGUUUGUGCAGUUUAUUUUUGCUUUAUUGUUAAGACCACAGUAGUAUAAUAAUUUAUAGCAUCAAAUCUGUAAUUGAAUCUUCUGCUGUCAAAUACAGAAUUCCUACAGAAAAUGGCUUAAAACACUAAGGCUUCAAUUAACAGUAUCUCUUAAUUUUUUUGUAUUCACUCUCUCUUUUUCACCUUUACCUGUAUUGUUUUGUAUUGACUUAAUAAUGAAUUGCCUCACCUUUCCCUGCUAAAUAACCGUUAUAUUUUUCAAUAAAACCAAAAACUGUAAAACUUCA